AUGACGCACACCGUGACGGUGACGGAGGAUAAGAUCAAUGUUCUCAUUAAAGCAGCUGGUGUAAAUGUUGAACCUUUCUGGCCAGGCUUGUUUGCAAAGGCUCUGGCCAGUGUCAAUAUUGGGAGUCUCCUCUGCAAUGUAGGGGCUGGUGGACCUGCCCCUGCAGCUAGUGCGGCACCAGCAGGAGGUCCUGCCCCCUCCACCGCUGCUGCCCCAGCUGAGGAGAAGAAAGUGGAAGCAAAGAAAGAAGAAUCUGGGGAGUCUGAUGAUGACAUGGGCUUUGGUCUUUUUGACUAAACUGGCUCUUUUGUAACACAGUCAAUAAAAGCUGACCUCUGUU